AUGGCGGACAGGUCGGUAGAUAGGAAAAUAGAUAGAAAAAGAGAAAAAGGCGAAAGGAAAGAGGAGAGAAAGAAGAGGAAACGCAGUGAAAAUGAAGAAAUAGAACUUGCCAAACACUAUGAAACAUUCUAUGAACAGCCACCCCCUGGGAUCAUAAAGGAGAAAGAGGACCUUCCAGAGGAAUGUAUACCUGAUUUACCUGAAAACCAGGGUGCACGAGAUUUUCUUUCUCAUGCCCCCACUAAAGGCUUGUGGAUGCCACUUGGAAAGGAGGUCAAAGUUAUGAAAUGUUGGCGAUGUAAAGCCUAUGGUCACAGGACAGGUGACAGGGAGUGUCCCAUGUUUAUCAGUGGCAACAAAAACAGUGAAAAGUUUCGAAUGGCACAUGAAGACCCAAUGCAUGAGUUUAUUCAAGAUAAAAAGAGAGCAGAAAAAGAAAGCAGAAUACAACAGCUCAAGGCCUUACUUGAGGAGUCAACAACAAGUGAAAGUGAUUUAGAAAAAAGCAGCGAAGACUCAAGUGAUGAAGACAGAAAAAAAAGACAUAGAAAAUCCAAGGUGAAACGUAAACGGAAAGAGAAGAGUAAACAUGGACAUAAACAUCGGAAGUUAUCGAAACAUAACGACGGUGAUAGAAGGGAAGAUGAUUCAAGGGAAAAGAAGGAGAAGAGAUGAGAUUUUUUUAGGGUAGGGGACAUAGCAUGACAUGCGUUAUCAAGUUAUUAUCAUUUGUGAAAAGGCACGUGAGUAUAUUUGUUGUAGCCUACUGUACCACUCCCGUUCAUGUUCAGUGUGUUAUACCCGAGACAGGAACGGUGGUCCGUGUGUGAUCAUGUCAAGAAGAGGCUUUUGGAAAACACAUUAAAUGUGAUCCCUUCACCUUGA